AUGUCCGAAAUUGGCGGUGGCGUAUCUGCGCAAUACAAAGGUUCCUGGACGGCGUUUUUAAAAGCUAUCGCUUCAUUUAAUGGAGAUUUAUCCUCCUUAACGGCGCCUCCAUUUAUUCUUUCGUCUACAUCCUUGACUGAAUUCUCUUCCUACUGGGCUCAACAUCCAUCGAUUUUUGUUGCGCCUGCGUCAGAAAAGGAUCCACAAAAAAGGUUUAUACUAGUGUUAAAGUGGUUUCUGAGUACUUUAAAACAACAGUAUGCUAGCCGUAGCGAGAAAUUCGGUAGUGAAAAAAAACCACUAAAUCCUUUUCUGGGAGAGCUUUUCCUCGGAGAAUGGAAAGAUGAUAGCGGGACGACGACCUUGAUUUCAGAGCAGGUUUGCCAUCAUCCUCCGGUCACUGCGUACCGAAUCACGAACGAGGAACAUGGCGUAUUCCUCGAGGGCUAUAAUGCUCAGAAAACCUCUUUUUUUCACACCAUUAUUGUUAAGCAGAUUGGUCAUGCUAUUCUCUCUAUCCCUGCCCACAACGAAACUUAUCUUAUCACACUUCCUAAUCUACACAUAGAGGGUCUUGUCUUUGGUCGACCAUUUGUUGAACUAAACGACAAAUCAUUUAUAACUAGCAGCUCUGGAUACACAGCUAAGAUUGAUUAUACUGGAAAAGGAUGGCUUACUGGAAAAAAGAAUAGCUUUACGGCCGCAAUCUAUCAGGCGAAGAAUGAGAAAGAAGUCCUAUACACGGUUUCUGGGCAAUGGACUAAGUCGUUUGAAGUAAGAGAAGGUAAGAAUGGAGCUAUUAUUGAUAAAUUUGACGCCGAGACUUGGAUUACGACUCCUCUCACUGUUGCUCCUUUCGAGAAACAGUCGCCGCUGGAGUCCAGACGGGCGUGGAGGCAGGUUGCAGAGGGUAUUGAGGCAGGAAAUAUGGCUAUAGUUUCCCAAGAAAAGACCAAAAUUGAGGAGUCACAAAGAGCACUUAGAGUUCAAGAAAAGGAAAAAGGAGAAAUGUGGCAGAGUAGGUACUUUAGUAAAGUUGAAAAUGAUGCUGUAUUAGAACAGCUUGGAGGAGUGAUAUGCAUGAGUCCGGAGCCUGAUAAAACGGGAGGAAUAUGGAGGUUUGAUAAGGAGAAGGCCAGAUUACACGCUGAAAAUAUCAUCGGGAUUCCCGACGAUUGA